GCUAUUGUUUUCUCUUGCACAUCAUCAGGCCAUUUUGGACAUGACGUAUUUUGAGGAGAACAAGCUAGUAGAUGAAGAUUUCCCUGAAGACUCUUCCCAGAAAGUAAAAGAGUUGAUCACUUUUCUUUCAGAACCAGAAAUUUUAGUUAAAGAAAAUAAUAUGUACCCAAAACACUGCGAUUUACUUGGGGACGAACUCUUGGAAUGUCUCUCUUGGCGACGAGGAGCCCUACUUUAUAUGUAUUGUCAUUCUCUGACCAAAAGGAGAGAGUGGCUCACGAGGAAAUCUGGUUUGCUUAAAGAGUACCUUGUUGAUGGAAUCAGUUACUUGCUACAGAUGCUAAAUUAUCGGUGUCCUACCCAAUUAGAUGAAGGAGUUUCUUUCCAAGACCUAGACACAGCUAAGUUACUGAGUGAAGAAUCAGAGUUCUUCAGCUUCAGAGGAAGGCACUGUAUAGAGAAUACAAUGUGAGCAGUGCUUCCCAGUGCUGUGCAGCAUGCGUCCCUGUGAGGAUCCUGCUGGCAUUUUCAGUAUCCCAGCAUGCUCCUGGAAGCCUCCAUCUCACCUAUGUUUAAGUCUACAGGGCUGGCAAAAGAUGCUUCUUUCACCCAAGUCCACUCACUCCUUUGGAGCAUCACUUUACCUGCAUUUCACUGGCCACAUGGAGUCAUGUAACUACAAGGGAACCUGGAAAGCAUAGUCCUUUUCUGGUACAUUGCCAUCCCAAAUAAAAUUAAGUUUCUUUACCAA